GUGAAAUGCCAAAAGUCUGAAUCCGAGAACCGAAGUCGAGAACGCAACCGAACGCACCAGAGACAAAUACAGAGGAAAACAACAAAUAAACGAAAAAAAAAACAAUAUAAUAAUAAGAAAAGGAAAACUCUGAAUUCCCCUAAAAAGCUUUGAUCGAUCUCCGCCAUGGCGUCGAAUCUCGCGCGACUAGUUCGUCGACCCGCCGCCACAUGUUUCCUUUUCAGAAGUUACAGGCAUGUCAGAAAUCUCAGCUAUAUUGCAGGCCCCAAGACACCUAUGAACUUGAAACCAAGGAGGGAAUUUAUUGAGUUUCUUCCAAAGGACUCUCCAUAUCGUAUUUGGAGCAGGUCAUUUUCUUCAGAUAAUGGUGAGCAUUUUGAUGCUGUCGUUCCAUUUAUGGGCGAGUCUAUAACUGAUGGAACUCUUGCCACAUUCUUGAAGAAACCUGGUGAUAGGGUUGAAGUUGAUGAACCAAUCGCCCAGGUCGAAACUGAUAAGGUGACUAUUGAUGUUGCAAGUCCUGAAGCCGGAAUAAUUGAAAAGUUUGUAGCCAAGGAAGGCGACACUGUGAUGCCUGGAACUAAGGUUGCUGUCAUCACAAAGUCUGCUUCAACCGAUACCCAUGUUGCCCCAUCAGAGGAAUCGGAUAAAGGUGCUCCUCAGCCAUCUCCCCCUGUAGUUAAGGAAGCAGAGAAACCAAAGCCUAAAGUGGAAGAUGUUAUCAAAGAGAAACCAAAAGAAGCGUCUCCUGCACCUACUCGAGCCUCUGCUUCUGAGCCACAACUUCCUCCUAAGGAUAGGGAGAGACGAGUUCCCAUGGGUCGUCUCAGGAAACGAGUUGCUACACGCUUGAAGGACUCUCAAAACACAUAUGCUAUGCUAACUACAUUUAAUGAAGUUGACAUGACAAACCUGAUGAAACUUCGUUCUGAUUAUAAAGAUGCGUUUGUUGAGAAACACGGCGUAAAAUUGGGGUUCAUGUCCGGCUUUGUUAAGGCAGCAGUUACCGGACUGCAGAAUCAGCCAAUUAUCAACGCGGUCAUUGAUGGCGAAGAUAUUAUAUAUAGAGACUAUGUUGAUAUCAGUGUUGCUGUUGGUACUCCCAAGGGCCUCGUGGUGCCAGUUAUUCGUGAUGCUGAUAAAAUGAACUUCGCAGAAAUAGAAAAAGAGAUCAAUACUCUAGCUAAGAAGGCAAACAACGGCACUUUAUCUAUUGAUGAAAUGGCUGGAGGAUCAUUCACUAUCUCAAAUGGAGGGGUCUAUGGAAGCCUUCUAAGUACCCCAAUUAUCAAUCCCCCACAGUCAGCUAUUUUAGGUAUGCAUUCUAUUGUCUCCCGGCCAGUGGUUGCCAACGGUCAAGUUGUUCCAAGGCCGAUGAUGUACAUUGCACUGACCUACGAUCAUAGAUUGAUUGAUGGAAGAGAGGCUGUCUUCUUCCUUAGAAGGAUCAAGGAUGUAGUUGAGGAUCCUCGCAGGCUUCUCCUUGACUUGUAAGCUUGUGGGUGUCUAGCUUAUCCCCCCUUGACUCGCUUCAAUAUCUUUUUCAAAUCAAAUAAUUUGCUUGCACAAGUUCAAAGUUUGUGGUGACCUUUUGCUUUUGCUACCUGUGCACACCACAUCAUGAUUCCUUUUCAUCAUUAUUCAAAUGAUGGAACUUUCAUGGGUUUUUUUGGGAUUCGAAAUAUGGAAUUAUAGUUUAUAAAGCACCAAAUUUCAGUGUAUUAUAUAAGAGUAGCCGGCAGACUAUCCAUUCAUCUUGGAUCAAAGUGCGUAGUGCAAUUUGAUCAGAUUCAGUGGCUUGGACUCACCACUUUUUUGUUUAAUUUACAUUGUCGGCAAACAUUCAUUUGGAAUACAUAAUUUGUUUUUAUCAACUUCAA